UUUUUAAAAACAUCCAAUUGUGAUACUCAGAUUCAUCCAAAUUAUUCAUUUCCUUUUUUUUUUUCUUAUAAAUGUUUUUAUAUAAAUAACAAAAUGCUGCUUAGCCCAAUAGCAAGGAGAGAGAGAGAAAGAGAGAGAGUAGUUUUUUGUGGUCUGAAUCGAGCUGAUUUGAAUUAUUAAGACUGUUGGUGUUUCUGUUCAUUUCGGUAACAGAAUUAACAACACCAAACAAACCCUAGAUUAUUAUUCCUUUUACAAAAUAUUUUGUUGUUAUAUUUUUGAUUUUGAGCUUGAACCCCCCCAAAAGAGAAGCUGUCUUUGUGUUUCGGAUUCGUCGAGGGAAAAGGUUUUAUAACAUUAGGGUUUGAAUUUAUAUAUAUAGAGAGAGAUGGGAAGUAGAAAGGAAGAAGAACGAAAUGAGAAGAUAAUAAGAGGACUAAUGAAGUUGCCUCCUAAUCGUCGCUGCAUCAACUGCAAUAGCUUGUUUGUGCAGGGUCCACAGUUUGUUUGCACUAAUUUCUGGACUUUCGUUUGUAUGACUUGUAGUGGGAUACAUCGUGAGUUCACUCAUCGUGUAAAGUCAGUUUCUAUGUCUAAGUUCACGUCUCAAGAUGUUGAAGCACUUCAAAAUGGCGGUAACCAGCGUGCAAGGGAAAUAUAUUUGAAGGAUUGGGACCAACAAAGGCAAAGGUUACCUGAUAACAGCAAUGUUGAUAAAAUACGAGAGUUUAUAAAGAGCAUAUAUGUUGAUAAGAAAUAUGCUGGUGGAAAGACCCACGAUAAGCCUCCAAGGGAUUUGCAGAGGAUGAGAAGCCACGAAGAUGAGACAAGGCGUGCCAGCUCUUAUCAUUCUUAUUCUCAAAGUCCUCCUUAUGACUAUCAGUACGAAGAUCGACGUUAUGGAAAACAAGCUGGCGUUCUCACUCGCAAACCUGGUUCAGAUCGAGGCCUCUACGUCGGGAAGAUGUCUAGUUUUAUUUGCAGUCCUACUCGUUUAAGUGAUAGAAUGUUUGAGGAUAGGUUUGCAAAUGAGGGUUCUGUUUCUGGAGUUUCAGAUUAUUCUGUGUCUAGUGGGGGAGAGCUGGUUACUACAGAGUCUCCAAACUAUAGUAGUCCACCUAUUCAGACUCCUAAAAAUAUUUUGGGUGAAGAUGUACAGCAACGAAGAAUAGAUCUAUUUUCAGAAGCAAAUUUUAAGAGAGGUGCAGAAGGGAUUCCACAUUCACAGAGAAGUGCAUCUCUAGGAAGCAUUGGAUCAUUUGAUAGCAAUUCUGUUUCCGUCAAGUCAUUUAAUUCUAGUAGUUUAGCAGAUAUUGUCUCAGAGCCUGAGCAAGCAACUGGGACUCACCAGGAUAAAAUGCCUACUUUUCAACAGAUGGCUGGUUCUGGGAGUUAUGAUAGUUUGGAUCAUUUUAAGGCACCUGUUGUUCCAAAAGCAGAUGCUUCUGUAGGUUCACCUAUUGAUUUGUUUCAACUGUCAGCCACAUCACCAGCACCACCUGUAAAUUUGUUUGAGAUUUCACCAUUAGAUCCAGUUCCAGCUAUGAAUUCAUAUCAAACUCCCCAAACUUCUCUGCCCUCAUCUAUUGACCUCUUUGGUGGGAUUACUCAACAGCAGUCAAUUAAUAGUGUGGAUCAAAAUUCACCGGAGUUGUCAAUCCCCAAAAAUGAAGGAUGGGCUACUUUUGAUAUUCAGCCCACAACAUCCACACAAGGGAAUGGAAAUCUUACACCUUUUGUCAUAUCCGCAAGCAUGUAUUCUUCAGCACAGUUUGACCAAGUUUCAUCCUCGGAUAAAAGCAUGCAGUGGCCACCAUUUCAGAACUCUAGUGUUGAAGAGUCAGCAUCAGGUUCUGCUCCAUGGACCAAUGGUUUGCAUAAUGUUGAAGUUCCUGAUAACACAAGUGCUCAGACAUGGAAUGCUUUUGAAGAUUCUGUUACGCACCUUUCCUUAGAGGGCACCACUCAAAGUAGCAUUCAACAAGUUGCAGCAAGUAUGCCUUCAACUGCUGACCAGAGUUCAGGCUUGAAGGCUUCAGAGGACCCUAGUAGAGACGGAAUUAAAAGAGUUGCUCCUUAUGGACAAGGAGAGCUGUCAGGUCUGGAUGGACAGUCAGACAUUCUCUUGGAGCCGUCCUAUACUCCUGCGAAUCCUAUUAUGGAACCAGCUCAGUCACAUGCAAACAAUCAUAAGUCAAACAACCCAUUUGAUCUUCCAUAUGAUUCUGAACUAGAGCCAGGGAAUAUGUUCUUGGACAUGAGUUCUUUACAAGCUGCACUGCCUGAUGCCCACUUGCAGUCUGCCUUCCUUGGUAGUGGCAUGACUGAACCAUGGUUUCCUCAAGAUCCAGUAACAACUUAUGUCCCAGCUGCACCACAAGGCGGCUUGGCAUAUAUGGGAGGACAAGCACCAAACCCGAAUGUCCAAACACAAGGACCUGUUGCUUUUGUUGGAGGGAAUCCAUUUGCUUAACGUUCAGCCACAAAAUUAUUGCUUUAUCAUUUUGUGUUCAUUGUAGAAGGUUUCAGAUUAAAUGUAGUCAGUUGGUCAGUACACCUAAGCCAUGCUUAUUAUUUUUAGUUCUUUUUGUUAUCAUUUCUGUUUGUAUUCUUUGUGAAAUAAAACCAUGCCACGUCUCAUUGGCAGCUAGUUUACAAGGCUGCAAAAUUGGCAGUGCAAUGUUUCAUUUUCAGGCCUUUACACUA